AUGUCGUUCAAUACAUCACACUUAUUAGCCUACCUGGGGUUGUUGGCAGGAGGAGCUGUAUUCUAUGGUGUCGCUAUUGUCGUCUACAGAGUCUGGUUCCACCCUCUGGCCAAGUACCCAGGUCCUUUCCUCGCCAAGAUCACAGAUGGCUACCAGCUCUACCACGCCUGGAAGGGUGACAGACAGCUCGAGUUCUGGCGCAUGCACCAAAAGUACGGUCCCGUCAUUCGUUUCGGCCCCAACUCGAUCACCUUCAACUCCAACAAGGCCCUCAAGGAGAUCUACGGCUUCCGCUCAAACGUCAGAAAGGCCGAGUUCUACGAUGCCUUUGUCCAUCCCACUGCCAACACCCACAACUCCCGCGACAAGGAAGUCCACGCCCGCAAGCGCCGUGUCAUGUCUCAAGCUUUCUCCGAGAGUGCCAUGAAGGAGAUGCAGCGAUACAUCCUUGGUAACAUCCGCACUUUCUGCGAGCAGAUUGGCAUGGCAGAUGGCUCUCCUGACAACAAGGGCUGGACCCAGCCUCGCAAGAUGAGCGACUGGUGCAACUACCUUGCUAUGGAUAUUCUUGGUGAUUUGUGCUUUGGUAAGGCUUUCCACAUGCUUGAAAGCCCAACCAACCGUUUCGCCCUGGGCCUUGUUGAAGCCGCCACCACGCGCCACCUUCUUUGUGGAACCAUGUCUAUCGUCAACAAGCUGAGCUUGGACAGAUUCCUCUUCCCCGGACUGGCUGCUGGUCGUGCUCGUUAUAUGGCAUACAGCAAGAGUCAACUCACUGAGCGCACCAAGCUCGGCGAGGAGACUGACCGUCGCGACUUCUUCUACUACCUCCUCAAGGCUCGUGAUCCCGAAACUGGUCAGGGUUUCACCACUCCUGAGCUUUGGUCCGAGUCCAACCUUCUCUUCGGGAGUAUCAUUGCUGGAUCCGAUACCACUUCUACUGCUAUGGCCGCCACCCUCUUCUACCUCGUCCGAUGCCCCCGUGCUCUCGAGAGAGUCAACGAAGAAAUCCGAAGCAAGUUCAACGAUGUUGAGGAGAUCUGCCAGGGCGCUACCCUCGCAUCUUGUACCUACCUCCGCGCCUGUAUCGACGAAGCCAUGCGAAUGUCCCCAUCAGUCGGUGGUAUCGUCCCCCGUGAGGUUCUCUCUGGCGGCAUGACCAUCGAAGGCCGUGCCAUCCCUGAGGGCACAGUCGUCGGCGUUCCCCAUUAUACCAUCCACCACAACGAGUCCUACUACCCCUCUCCCUAUGAGUACGUGCCCGAGCGAUGGAUCGCUGGUGCCCUCAACCCCCUCACCGGCCGAAAGACAACUGAAGAGGAGGUUUCUCUGGCUGCCAGCGCAUUCUGCCCCUUCAGCAUUGGACCCCGUGGCUGCAUCGGCAAGGGUCUUGCAUACGUUGAGAUGACCAACACUCUCGCCCGCACCAUGUAUCUCUAUGAUAUGCGCAAGGCCGUCGGCAUCGUUGAUCCUGCUGAGGGUCACCCCAACAAUGAAUGGGGUCGACACCGACCUGGUGAGAUGCAGCUUCGUGAUAUUUUCACCAGUGCCAAGAACGGACCUAUGGUCGAGUUCCGAAAGGCUGCUCAUGUCUCAUCCUGA